CGUUGACUCGUAGAAACUUAACCUAGGAAAAUAAAAUGGAAAAAUUAUUUCUGGAAGAAGAAGAAGAAGACUGGUCUAUCACAAGCCUUGUGGAUAAAAACUGGUGUAUCCCAGAAAUUCAGGAAGCAAGGGUAAGAAUGGAUAAAAUUGACCGUGAGAAAGGGAGACCCCUGAAGACGAAGCUCCCAUUAUCGAACUUAUCUGGGGCUGAAUUGAGGCAAGAGGCUGUAAGAAUGAUAGUAGCACUUGGUCUCUAUCCUGAAGAAGAGAUUCAGUCUUCUCAUCACAGAAAAAGACAAAUGGGAUGCAAGGACAAGAACAUACUCACGACGGAUCAUCGUGUGACGACGACAGAAAUUGCAGAAUCUUCAGGAGAAGAAGGCAUCACAAAUGAAACACUUGCAAACACACCCCCUGGUCCAGAUGAAUAAACAGAAAUCAUUCCCUUUGUACGCACCUUCUUUUCUUUUGAAUAAUUGUCAAUGAACUUGCUAGCUCUUAAUUGAGAUUUGUGUUUCUUCAGAGAACAAAUCAUAUAUAUAUUUUUUUC